UCCAAGUAUACAAAGUUUGUGAAGAAGGACUCACUUUCUUCAAUUGUAUUGGAUUUGGCUGCAAUGCUGUUUACCCCAAUAACUCCAAAAGUGCUGUGGGGAAUCAAACAUUUCCCCCACCUCUCGGUUGGCAUAGUGGUGUGUAGUUAAUGAGUGAAUUAUCAUUUUUGGGUGAAAUCCAUUUAAAUAGCCACCGUCAAGCCCAAACUGGCAUGAUGGCCACCCUGGCCCCCUCAGCAGUAUCAUCAGUUUUGGGGUAAAAGCAGUGAACUGUGCUGUGGGGUGGUGACAAACUCUCCUCCGCCCCUGUAUCUGUCCACAGAUGUUGGUUUGUUAGUCUGGGUUUCCUUUAUUUACCUGAUACCUUACAGAAUCCACCUCUCCACAACAUCUCUCCCACACAGCCGGUGAUCCACGCCGCAUUUUUCUCCGCUCUUUCCCGCACGUCACAUUCCCCCCCUCCCCUUAGCAACAGAGGAAACAUGGCGGCGUCCAGUAACGCGGAGCAUUCUCCAGAGAUAUCGACGCCGUUGAAGAUCCCGAAAACCGAGGUGCCAUCCCCCGAGUCGGAGGAUUUGAGUGACAGCAAUCAAUACCACUCCAACCCCCCGACGCCGAACCGCUUCUCGCCUCUGAACGUUGGCUCGGGGGCCGCGGGCCGGACGGCGGCCUCAUCCUCCAACAGCUUCACCGCUUGCCGCGGGAUGUCGUGGACCCCGUCCGAGACGAACGCCCUCAUCGCGGUGUGGGGCAACGAGCGGCUGACGGAGGCGCGGAUGCAGCAGCUGGAGGUGGCGGGCACCGUGUUCUCCGGCAAGGCCCCCGGUCCUGCCAUGUACGAGCGGGUGUCCAGAGCCCUGUCGGAGCUGGGAUACGAGAGGACCCCCUCCCAGUGCAGGGAGAGGAUGAAGACACUCCGCCGCUGUUACAGCCGUGUGAAGGAGCAUGGCAUCGGUAAAAGGAAGAGCAGCUACACUAUUGAGCAGCUGGAGAAAGUGUUUGGUCAGGGAGGCUGGGACUCCCAGAGCUGUGCUCCGGUGCUGAUCAACAGCAGCGGCCUCUACCAGGAGAUGGAAUCUGAUGGCAGCACCCUGGAAGACUUCUCCCAGGAGGACUGGUGCAACCAGGUGCUGGACUCGGCUUUCCAGGAGGGAGACAUGGAGACUGACGAAAUCCAGGUGCCUAAAAACAGAGCUCUGCAGAUUCAAGCAGAGCUGUCAGAGCAAACCCAAAAAAGGGGCAUGAUGCAGACUGUGAUGCGUAUCCUUGAGUCAGUGGAGCUGAAAUGGGAGCACUUCCAAACGUGGACUGAGUUCUCACGGCUGCACCUCUCCAACAAAUUGGCCAUCUUUGGCGUGGGCUACAACACGCGCUGGCGUGAGGACGUGCGCUAUCACUAUGCUGAAAUCAGCUCGCAAGUGCCACUGGGCAAGAGGCUUCGCGAAUACUUCAACCCAGAAAAGCCUGAGGGUCGAAUCAUCAUGACCAAAGUUCAAAAGAUGAACUGGAAGAAUGUCUACUAUAAGUUUCUGGACAUCACCAUCAGCGAGGCCCGCUGCCUGGAGCUGCACAUGGAGGUGGACUGGAUCCCUGUGUCCCAGUCCAGGGCAGCAGGUGGCAGCAAAUGCACAUGGCACUACCUCCUUCCUGGGGACAUCCCUAAGGCAUACGGACUCUACGCUAUCGGCUAUGUGGCAGUGUCUAGCUCAAGCGACACUGGUCUGACCUCUCCCCAGGGUGACAGCGAAGACCACAGCUUACCUCAGUGCGAAUCAGAAAACUGGGCUCUGAGCCAGGCUGAUGGAGAAGGAGCAGGGCAGGGUGACAGGACUGGGGCUAAAGUCACUUACUGCUACUUGGGCAUAGCUGAGGAUAGGACCGUACAGCAGUGUCUCUUCCAGCACUUUCAGGGUUCUGCCAAACACCACGUCCAUGGUGAACCCUCUGCCAUGACGCAUUUCCUCCAGGAGAACUGCAGCGGCGGUGUCUCGAGUUGGGACGCGGGAGGCAACGACUUGUCGCAGCGGUUUUCUAUUUACAUAAAAUUCAUUGAGGUGGAGCUGGACUUCCUCUCAGCAGGGUCCCUGGUGGAGUGCCUCGAAACCGCUGUGGGUUAUCCCUUGAAAUACAACAACAGAGAAUCAUCAUAACUACACACCACAACAGUGUUUAUGACUUGUGCUCACUGAAGAUUUAUUUAACAAGUAUAACAGCCAGCGAGGCAACAUGAAAGGUGACCAACUCUGUUACACAGCAUGGAUGUGUUCAGGAUUCUGGCAUAUUUUUGCUGUUUCUUUUGAGCUGACUUUUCUUUCUUUCUUAUUACUUCUAAAAAGAAUGACAGUGCACAUUAUGUCAGAUAUGUUGUGUGGAAAAACGGGAACAGUAGGUUAACUAUUGAAGUAUGUACUUAUUAUUUUUCUGCUAAUGUGCACUACAAAUGUUUUUGCUGCUUGUUGAGUGUCAAUGAACAUUGCUUCAUCAUGGAGCGGGGGGUUGGCAAGGUGACUAUUGCAGUAUGCAUCUGUCUACCUCAGUAGGAUGUAGCAAACCAGGCUGCGAGGGAACCAUAGCCUGGAUUUAUUCUUCAACUGCCUUCACUUUGACUGUUGAAAUCUGGACCUGAAUUCACAAAGCAUCUAAGAAUAAUGGUUUAUUUACAUCUUAUGUUUUUUUUGCAAGUGUUACUGGGCUGAAGCUAGAGGAUGCUUCUAUGCAAAAUAGGGACAAAGGGUAACAAAUUUGUAUUGGCCAGUGGGAAUAUGUUUACCCAGCAGAGUGAACAUCAGACGCACUCUGCAGCAUCAUGCUUUUCACUCUGUUUCAGCUCAGCACAUGGAACAACACAUGUCACUUUAGUCUCAACGUGUUAUGACCGAAUCCAAAUGGAAAAUGACCGCCAGUGUCAGCUACUGUAAAAGGAUGAGAUUUAAAUCACAGCGUCUUAGCCACUUCCUGCUGUUUGAAUGUCAGCUGGCCUCAUUGGCUCCCUGCACUCCAUUUAAUCCUGUUUCCUGCCCUCAACCAGAUGUUAAAAAAAAAAGUCAUGGCAGAAUGUCUACAUUUAAGCUGUCUUGGUUAUUUUGAUGUGUCUUACUAACCCUGUUGCAUGAUCUUCCAAUGAUCUAAUGCACAUUCAAAUACUUGAAUAUGUUUGCAGUUUCAGAGUUUUGCUCCAGCACAAGCAAAGUCUGUACACAUUCACUUUGCUUAAGAUGAUCAAAUACUGCCUGAACAGAAAGGACAUCAUUAAUUGCUUCUUCUGCUACACACUGGAUCGUAAAUAUACCAUUAGACAAUAUGUAUUGGGAGCCAGUACUCUAGAGCAUCUAUAGCUGCACUCAUGGAUUUGUGUGUCAGUACAAAGCUGUGUUAACUAAGUUACCAGCUCCUCUCAGAUACUGGUGUUUCAAAUACACCAUUCUUACAGAAAAUACAGAAUGUGCAGGUGUUUUGUGAUAAUCUGCUCGUGUGCAGGUGCAAAUCAAGCCUAUGACUUCAGGUCAGGUUCUGACUAUAAGCUGCAGAGGUUAACUCACAUUUAACCAAUAAUCAUACUGAGUUCUUUCUGAACAUGAUUCCAGAGAUUAUGUGCAAUGUGCCAGGAAAGACUGUGGAGAAAAAUCAAACGAUGGAGAAGUCCACGAUGAAUCGAUGUAUAUAAAAUCUACCUUAUAUAUCUAAAAUAUAUAUUUAAGAUUAUCAAUGUUCUUGAGCAUUCCGGCUUUUGCAAACUUGCAGUGUUCAUUUGUUUGGGUAUACAGCAUAUUAAGAUGAAUAUAAUAUUUUCUAAUUUAUUGGUUGACACAAUGUCUUGUAUGUGAUUGUUUUGAAGUCACCGUCUUGUAUGUUUACAUGUUUAAAAAACAAUAAAUGGGGCACUCACUGACAUUUGCCACACAGUGGAAAUUAGAUUGUGUAUAGUUGUUUUUACUUCUGCAGAACAUUGGAGUAAUACUGUAUCCCGCUGUUGUAUGGCUCAUGUGCAUGUAGAUUAUUAGAAAUGGUUCUAAAUCUUGUCAUGUCGUGUCCUUACUAGUCAAUCGUUCAAUCAAAUUUGUAUAGCCAAACAAUUUGUCUCAUAGGGCUUAACAUCCUCCUCUGUCCUUGCUCAACAAGAGUAAAGAAAAACCUAAUAACAGGGUGGAGGGGGACAGAAACCCAAAAGAGAGCCUCGUGUGAGGGAUCCCUCUCCCAGAACGGACAGAGGUGCAAUAGAUAGUUACAGAUGACAAUGUAGUCUAACACACACAAAUUGCAGUGUGGAUUGAUUAAGAUGUAGGAAGUCAUUCACCCAGGUGGCCAGGAGGUGGCCAUAGACAGCCACUGUGGAAAAUUCCUACAUGUGCCGUCAACUGUUGACUGUAACAUGGUGUCACAGAGAAAUCUAAUCUGUACCCGAAGGCGAUAUGAAAGACAUGAACAUAGGAUAAAAGAUAAAUCUCUUGAAUGGGUCAACUGACACUGUGCAUGUGUGUGACGGACACAAGGACACAAUGCCACUGACCUUUACGAAAUGAGCCUUUAGAGCUGGAUCAGAUAUUAGCUACUUCAUCACUGACCUCAUCAGAAAUGAUUUAACUUAAUACAGUAUUAAACAAUAUUAUAAGCUAACAAAAUCAUCUAUUUUUAGAUUGAACAGUUUACAUUAGGUGACGCUACAAUAGACAGAACCACAAGUAUUGUGUUCUGCUCUUUGUUUGUUAGUAAUUAAUGUUACAUUUUUCCAUUCACUGUUAUAUUUACAUUGUAGGUGCAAAAUGAGCCUGUGAAAUACAUUACAUUCACAUAGUGUGAAUCAAUAUUUAAUUUUGCUCUGCUCUUGUAUAUUUUAUAUUUGCGUUGUGCUGUGUAAUAGGCUUUUCAUUCAU